AUGGCGGAUCAGACGGAGUCCGCAACGGCGGCUCAGCCCUCAGACGGGCCUUCCAAACCAUCGAUCCAGCGCGCCAUGACGGACCGUGGUAACAAGUCUCAGCGUUUGUUGCGCGUGGAUCAAAUAAAGGACCGACAAAUUCACUUCGUUAAGACGGCAAAAGUCAAGGCCAAGCCCGAUCGUUUCAGUAAGACUGCAAUGGUCGUCCGCCGAGUUAUUUCAAAGCAGGGCAUGGUCUCCCACGUCGAGAUUGACAUCCGGUCCCCUCCCCUGCAAGCUUUAUUUCGUGAUCUAUUUAGUGACGUGGAGGGUCUGGAUUUAAACAAGUCUCCUCCAAUGGCUUCACCCGAAGUGUUUUUCUGGGCCGCCCCGGAUCUGAUGCGCGUCAAAGAAGAGGAGAAGCAGAAGGAGAAUCCCAACCAGCAACUUAUCAAUGAUAUUGGAACAGCCCUGCAAUUCGUCGAAGAGGAUUUUGCAGCCCAGAUUAGCAGUUUGAAAUCGCUUAUGAGUGAGAAUCAGAUCACCUGGGAUCUUCUUUGGGCAAUCUUCCCACCAAAAGAAGUCAUUAUCUCACCCCGAUUUGGGCUCAUGAGUGAAGAGCAGGCCUUCAAUUUGAAAAUGUCUAGUUACCAGUCACGCCCUAACGGCCAGCAAUACUUCUCUGCAAGUGCCAACGUGAUCAAACAUGACGGUCAAGACUUCGGUAAAGCAACAAUGGAGCUAGAAAUUGACAAGUACCAUGACGAGGAAUCCGCCGUGCGAGAAAGGCUCAUUGCCCGCGGGCGUAAAUUCGUCGCGCUACUCGAACAGCCUGCAUGCAGAGAUUAUACGGCUGCAAACGGUAUAAGGGAAUAUGAACGAGCCAAUGGUGACUCUGUGCCCGAGAAGUUUAAUGCAUUAGGGAGAGUGAUGGUUGACCCGGCUGGUUACUAUCUUCAUAACACAUCGUCGGAUUUGAACAGGCCUCAUGUACUAUCAGAAGGGUUUUUGGAUACUGUCGGCUUGUCUGAUGACCAAUACUUGAUCUGUGCCUCGUUCAUCAAUGGCUUCAGCUUCGCACAAAAGGCUUGGUGCCAAAUUUCGGUGUCGGCGUUAUCCGAUGUAGAAUGGAACCACAAUGCCUUCAAGCGACUGGUCAUGGCAGAAAAUCGCCGAGAACUCAUCCAUGGACUUGUUAAGGCCCAUCGACAGGAUGAUGCGGUCUUUGACGACGUUGUUGCGAACAAAGGCAAAGGCCUUAUUGCGCUCCUGACCGGCAGCCCGGGUGUGGGCAAAACUUUGACUGCAGAAGCCGUUGCCGAAGUGACCCAACGUCCUUUGUAUGUGGUAGCAACUGGCGAGCUUGGAAUUGACCCUGAUGUAGUCGAUAAUCGACUGGGGAUGAUCUUAGAGAUCACCCGGCGGUGGGGCUGUGUCCUAUUGAUUGAUGAAGCAGACGUAUUCCUUUCGGCUCGUGGCAAGGACCUAGCGAGAGAUGCUCUGGUCAGCGUCUUUCUCCGACGACUUGAGUAUUUCCGUGGCGUUGCCAUACUCACCACGAACCGAAAGCACGACAUUGAUCCGGCUUUCAGGAGUCGAAUUCACUUCACCAUGCACUACCCGGAUCUUGAUACUGAUAGCCGAAUGGAGGUGUGGAAGAAUUUCUUAACCAACGUCGCAAAAUCGUCGGAGCUGGCUGGAUUUACCUCCGACGACUUUGUGGCACUUUCGAGGCAUUCCCUGAAUGGGCGACAGAUCAAGAACAUUGUCUCAUGUGCCGUGUCACUGGCGCGGGAGAUGCAAAAGAAUGUCACUGUGAAGGAUAUUGAGAGUCUUAUAGAAGUGAUGAUCGAUUAG